GCUGUCCAGCCCCGCGGCGCCGCUUCCGGUGCGGGCCCCGCCCCGGCUGUGGCCCCCGGCCGCGGAGGAGUCCUGGACGCAGCUGCCGCGCCGGGGCUCGCGUGAGCGGCGGUCUCGUCCGCCGCCCGAGGACCGGAGAGCCCUGCGCAGGUUUACACCCAGUGUGCCUGGUGGGCUGUGCCCAGGUUCAGAGCCAUGCCAAUCUGUGGGUGAAGCCUGACGCAGUAAUGGAGCCACUACAGCAGUCCCAGCAGCAGCAGCAGCAGCAACAGAAGCAGCCACACCCGGCUCCUCUGCAGAUGGAUGCCAGAGAGAAGCAGGGACAGCAGACGAGAGAAGCCCCAUUCUUGUAUGCCCACAAGCUGGUCACACAGCCGACUCUCCUUUCUCCUGCACCUGGGAGGCCUUCUGGUAGCCCUGCGCUGGGUCCCUUAGCCAGAGUUACACCAGCCACAGUAGUGGCCCGAGUUUUUGAACGGGGCAAUGUGAACUCAGAGCCUGAGGAAGAGGAAGGAGGUAUGGAAGAUGAGGAGGGGGAUAAUGAAGUUGCAGAGGUGACUGAGAAAGAAACCCAGGCUGCUUCCAAAUAUUUUCACGGGCAGAAAGCACCUCGCCAAGAACCCCAAGCGGCACCCAUGUCCAAUCUACUGCCAGCACCAGGGCUCCCACUGCAUGGACAACAAGCUAAAGAAGACCAUACCAAAGAUGCCUCCAAGGCCCCACCUUCGGUCUCCACACCAGGGCAGCAGAGCUGGAAUCUGGAUGAGCAGCUCAAGCAGAAUGGUGGUCUGGCCUGGAGUGAUGAUGCAGAUGGAGGCCGGGGAAGAGAGAUCUCUCGAGAUUUUGCCAAGCUGUAUGAACUGGACGGUGAUCCUGAAAGGAAAGAGUUCCUGGAUGACCUCUUCGUCUUUAUGCAAAAGAGGGGGACCCCCAUCAAUCGAAUCCCCAUCAUGGCCAAGCAGAUCCUGGACCUAUACAUGCUGUACAAGCUGGUGACCGAGAAGGGGGGCCUGGUGGAAAUCAUCAACAAGAAGAUCUGGAGGGAGAUCACCAAAGGCCUGAACCUGCCCACGUCCAUCACCAGCGCCGCCUUCACUCUCAGGACCCAGUACAUGAAGUAUCUAUAUGCCUAUGAGUGUGAGAAGAAAGCCCUGAGCUCCCCAGCUGAGCUCCAGGCAGCCAUUGAUGGCAACCGGCGGGAGGGCCGACGGCCCAGCUAUAGCUCCUCCCUCUUUGGCUACUCACCCGCUGCUGCUACUGCUGCUGCUGGGGCCCCUGCCCUUCUCUCCCCACCCAAAAUCCGCUUCCCCAUCCUCGGGCUUGGCUCCAGCAGUGGUACCAAUACCAGUAGCCCUCGGAUAUCGCCAGCAUCCACUCUCAGGAAAGGUGAUGGAGUCCCUGUGACAACAGUGCCCGUGCCAAAUCGCCUGGCUGUGCCUGUGACCCUGGCAGGCCAGCAGGCCAGUGCUCGGACGGCCGCGCUGGAGCAGCUGCGGGAGCGGCUGGAGUCAGGGGAGCCUCCUGAGAAGAAGGCAUCGCGACUGUCCGAGGAGGAGCAGCGCUUGGUGCAGCAGGCCUUCCAGCGCAACUUCUUCAGCAUGGCGAGGCAGCUCCCCAUGAAAAUCAGGAUCAACGGCAGGGCAGAGGACAGAGCAGAGACCUCAGCUGCAGCACUGAACCUGACCACGAGCAGCAUCGGGAGCAUUAACAUGUCCGUGGACAUCGAUGGCACCACCUAUGCGGGUGAGGCCCUGGGGUUCGGGGGGAGGCCCACGCGGUGGCAGCCAGCCACAGGGGCAGCCACCUGGCUGGCCCUGCCUGUUGCCCGUGUGUCUGAACACCUCCCAGGGUGUUUACCUCGUUUUGGGGUUCCAAAGGUAAAGCAGCCCUUCUGGACUAGCAGAGGCCAUGGAUUGUUACCAGCACGACCGGCCUCCUCCUGACAGGAACCCUUCGCCUAACCCCCACAGACUAGCGAUGGUCUGCCAGUCAGUGUCCACCGUGCCCAGGCCUCCUCCUCUGGCUGUGGUUCGCUGUUCUCUUCCUCUUGUAAUACACACCCAUGCCACGAUAUCUGCAUUCCCUCCUUCACAGCGGACCCAGGGCUGGCGCGCAGGCAGAGGGGUCUGAGCGCAGCAGGGUCGGCCCACGUUUCUAUGAUGCUUUCCUCCAGCCUUUCACAGCUGCCUCUCCCGUAGACCUAAUUUGGCGACAGUUUCUUGUUGGUUGGUUGGUUUAGCGCCUUUCCCAAGUCUUUCCAAGGCAUUCGUAGAAGCGUCAGUCCUGUCCCACUCCUAUUUCGUUGGUUUAGGGAGGAGCUCGGGAACAAACCCAGCUGACUCUUGUAAGCACAGCUUGGUGAGUGGAGCCUCCAGAGUUGGCCCAGGGCACCCCCACCUGCUCUGUCGAGUGGAGAAUGCGGGCCAGCCUCUCCAGUGGGGAGGGUUGAGAGCCAUGCGGCUCCACCUUCCACCAUACGGGGCAUAUUUUUAGGGCCUGCUUCUAUUGUAGGGCUACGUCGCCUCAGAACAGCAUCUGCAGACCCUACAGGGAACCCCUCAUGCCCUGCAUCUCUGCUGGACAGCCUGCCACAGGCAUUGGCCAGGGGCAGGCAGGGAAGGGGUGGGUGCAGGGAAGCAGCGAUGCCAGGCUGGCUCACUAGAGGCCACAGCCAGAGGUCUCUGCCUGACAUGGGAGGUCCCUGGAGGAGGCAGGGCCUGGCACCCUGUGCUGUCUGUGGGCCAAGUGCAGUUGCUCAGGCCAGGAACCCAGAGCAAGGGCGUUCCUGAGAGCCCCUCCCCCUCCCUGAGCUAACUUCUCCUGCCUGUCCUUGCUGCCACUCUUGGAGCAAUUCCUCCUCCUUCUCCCCUGUCACCGGUGUUCCUCCCAUGCCGUGGAGAGGGUGUUAUAAAAUGCAGAUCUGAGGUCCUUCUCCUGCUCAGAGGCACAUGAGGCCCUAACGCAGCCCUUACCAUCAGCACCCUUCUUAAUUUGGCCACACUCCUUCUCCUAACAGCCCAGACAUGCUCUCCCCACGGAGCCUUUCCUGACCAGCCUUCCCCUGUCCCCCAGAACCCACUUUGUAAUCCCACAACACGUGUCUCAGAGCAGUUACAACAUUUCAGCAAAAUCACUCUGUCGACCUGCCUCCCCCUCCCCAGCUCAUAAGCACCUGAAGGCAGGACAGCGUUGGGGACUUCUGUUGGCCCCAGUGCAGUGUGUGCAGCAGAGCUAGGUCAGCAGUGAAUACCGGUUGGAGUGAGCUGACCCGUCCCUUCUCUCCCUUCUGCCCACUCCUGCCUCUCCUCCCCCACUCAGGUGUGCUGUUUGCCCAGAAGCCUGUGGUCCACCUCAUCGCGGGCUCUGCUCCCCAGAGCCUGGGCAGCGCCAGCAACAGCAGCAGCUCCCACUG